AGUAUCUUCUCUUGAGAUAUGAAGAUGAUUAAUCAUUUUAGUCAUCCCCAUCCUCUGGUGCUGGUGGAAGAGGAGAUUGAUUGGAUUAGUAUAAUUUAUUACUGCUCCGCAUGUAAAGAACGGGUAGAGGGUUCCAGCUACAACUGCUCAGAGUGUGACUUUUGUCUUCAUAAGUCUUGUGCUGAGCUACCACGGGAGAUCAAUCAUCCCUUUCACACGAGCCAUCCUCUCAUCCUUUAUGAGAAGAGGCCGAACGCCCGCCCUCGUUUCAGAUCUUGGUAUUGCAAUUCCUGUAGAAAAAAAUAUAAAAAAGGUGAGGAACUAUUUGUUUAUCAUUGUUCCUCUUGUAUAUUUGACCUUGACAUUAAAUGUGCUUUGCUUCCAAACUUGAUUACUGGAGAUUUCCCAAAGCUAAAACAUUUUAGCCAUCAACAUUCACUCUUCUUCAUUCAAAACCACUUCAUUGAACCCCAAGAUCGAUCUUGCACUGCAUGUGAAGAGCCCAUAUCAGGUCCUGUUUAUUGUUGUAUCGAUUGUCAGUUUUUCCUUCAUCAGAAAUGCUUUGAGUUACCCCCUAAGAUCAAACACCCUAGUCACCGCAAACACUCUCUUUCUCUUCUACCCAACCCUCCACCUCAUCCAGAGAGAUGUUCUUGUCAUUUAUGCUCCAAAGCUUACAAGGGAUUCAUUUAUUAUUGUACUCUUUGUGAGUUUGGCAUUAUGAUCAAGUAUAUUUUCCCUGACCAUAAAGUGAUACAAAAUAUGCGUCAUGAGCAUCCAUUUACCCUAGCACCAAGACCAUCAUCCUCUUUCAUUUGUGAUGCUUGUGGUACAGAUGGGAGGUACUGCAUUCCUUAUGUAUGCACUGAAUGUGACAUUGCAGUUCAUAAGGAUUGCACUUCACUCCCAAGGAACAUCUUGAUAACAAGGCAUGAUCAUCCAAUUUCCCAUAUUUAUUAUUUCCUUGAAGAAGAACAAGUCAAUAAGAGGGAUUGCAGAAUUUGUCAGAAUGAAAUCAAUGCAGAGUAUGGGUGUUAUCAUUGUCCAGGUUGUGAUUACUUUGUUCAUGUGAAUUGUGCAAUGGACAAAGAUAUUUUCAUCCAAGAGUAUGAGGUGACAGAUGAAAUUCAAAAUUCCAAUCAAAUAAACUUGGGGUGGUUAAUUGGAGAGCCUUCUAUUACUCGUGUUCUCAAGGAAAAGAAAAUUGGAGAGGAAGUAAUAGCCAUAGAGAUUGAACACUUCAACCAUCCAUGCAGAUUAAUACUUUGUGAUGAUGUUAAAGAUGAAAAAUCUUGUUAUGGUUGCAGGCGGUCCAUCGCAACUUCAUUUUAUUAUUGUGCUGAAUGCAGUUACAUUCUUCACAAGCGUUGUGCUGAGUUACCAAGAAAGACACGGCAUUGGGCUUUCAAGGGCACCUUCACUCUUAAGCCUUACAUAGAGUUCAAAUGUGGCUUCUGUUGUUUGCACGGCAGUGGGCUUUCCUACAGAAACGAUGCAAUUGAUCAGGGUUACUGCAUUUCAUGUUUUCUAAUUCCCGACACAAUCACCACUCAAGGACAUAAGCACCAGGUCUUCUUUGAUCACAAAUUUACUUUCACAUGCAGUAUUUGUGAUAUUGGUCAUCAGAAAAAAGGGGCAUAUAUAUGCAGACGCAAGGAAUGUGAUCAUUUCACCUUGGAUUAUACACGUCUUGCGUUGCCUAAUACAGCCCAAUACAAGAAUGAUGAACAUCCUCUAGUACUCACUCCACGCGAUGAUAUUCAUCAUCAUUCAGAUCAAUGUGUCUGUGAUAUUUGUGAAGAAUCAAGAGAUCCAAAUGAGUGGUUUUAUUAUUGUGGAAUCUGUGAUAAUUCUGCUCAUUUCUUGUGUGUUCUUAGCAACUAUCCUUUCUUGAAGCUCGGAUUGACUCACAAGUAUGGAUUUCAUGAGCACCCUCUCACUUUUGCGAAGCAGGAUUAUUUCCACGGCUAUCUCAAAUGCAGUAAUUGUGACAAGUAUUGUAAAGAGGUAUUCCUCAAAUGUACACAAUCAAGAUGCAAGUAUGUUAUCGACUACGAAUGUAGAAUACAUAUUUGGAGAAGUCUUAGGUUGUAAGAUUGUUAGAAGAACACAUCUGCAGGAAAACCAAAGUCCAUGCUUAAUGUUCUUUAUUUGUUUUUAAGUUUCUUUUUCUUUUGAGCUGCAUUGUGCCACAAAUUCAAAAUGUUAUUUUUUUUUUCCUUUAAUGUGUUUGAAGUAAAUAUUAAUAUGCAUU